AUGCCAGUAUUCUCCAAAGCUCCAGAAAAUCGUGUUAUUGAGGCGUGCGAAGCCGCCCGUGCCCAAGAAAAGCCGAAUUUAUCAAAGAUCGCGCGGGAAUUUGGUGUUUCGUAUGAGGUGCUGCGGGGACGCGUCCGCCAGGGUAAACAGGCCCGUACUGCCCAAAAACCCGUGAAUAAAGUACUUCAGGAGGAUCAGGAGGGAGCUCUGACUCAGUGGCUAUGUAAUAUGCGUGAUCGUUAUUUGCCAGUGACCCCUGCGUUGCUAGAACAAAUGGCCAACCUCGCGCUCGAGCGCGCUGGUCUCAGUCGACAGUCUGGCAAGAUGUGGGUAUAUCGCUUUAUCAAACGUAUCCCUGCAGACCUUCAACUUGCCCCAUUGAAGCAGAGGACGAAAGAGCAUAAACGGAUCCAGGCGGAUGAUAGUGGAGUACUCGAGCUGUGGUAUAACCGAUGGAGGAAUGUGGUUAAAGAUGCAGUGCCGCGGUUGGUAUACAACGUCGGUGAAUGUGGCUUCUAA